AGAGAAGACAAGUAGCCUGAAAACCAGAAGUAGGUGUACUUGUGUAUUUUAUUUUCUUAACUACACUAAUGCAGCACUAAUGUAAUGUACUGUUGAUUAAUCUCAUUUUGGAUGAGUGGAUGGUGUAGUUAUUUCUUUUGUAAAAAGCAGUUAGUGGACGACUUGCUAGAGAUAUUGAGGAUACGUUUAUAGAUCUGAACAAAGCUACAAUUUUGGAUUUAAUUCAAAGCAGAGAGUACAAAGAUAUCCCUGUUGCAGAGCUAAGAAGAAUGUCAAACGCCUGUGGUCUGCUCACUAUCCAGACAGAACCAGUUCCCCUGAAGAGCAUUGAGGUGGAGCUGGAGGUGAAGGACCAUGUGGCGACAGUGGUCUCCACUCUGAACUACGAGAACAAGGAGGACAAACCUCUGGAGGCUGUUUUCGUCUUCCCUCUGCCUGGAGACGCUGCUGUCUGUCACUUCAGUGCUCAGAUUGGACAGACACAGAUUGUAGCUGAGGUGAAGGAGAAACAGAAGGCUCGUGAGGAGUAUGAUGAUGCGCUGAGCUCCGGUCAGCAGGCCUUCCUGUUGGAGGAGAGCGAGCAGAGUCCAGAUAUAUUCACUCUGAGUGUGGGCAGUCUGCCUUCAGGAGAGAGCGCCUCCAUCAGGCUGGAGUACGUCACUGAGCUGGCUGUGCAGGCGGAUGACGGGCUGAGGUUUUGUCUGCCUGCUGUGCUCAACCCUCGCUACGAACCUCAGGGUUGUGAAGGUGCUGGUGUGCAGGUGACCUCUGUUCCAGCCUCUCUGGUUCCCUACAGUCUGUCGUUUUCUGUCCGAGUGUCGUCUCCUCGUCCAAUCUCCAAAGUAGAGUCCAGCUGCUCUCUGGAGCCUCUCCAGUACGUCAACACAGAGCAGACCCAGGCCACGGUGAAGUUGGCUGCAGGACACAAGUUUGACAGAGAUGUUGAGCUGCUGAUUUAUUACAGUGAUGCUCACAAGCCCACUGCUGUGGUGGAGGCAGGACAGGCCUCUGCCAAACCUGGGAGUCUGAUGGGCGAUCCAGUCCUGAUGCUGAGCCUGUACCCUGAGUUCCCCCAGUCUGUGAUGUCUUCACUCACCUCAUGUGGAGAGUUUGUGCUCCUACUGGAUCGAUCUGGGAGUAUGGAUUGUCCAACGAGUGACACCAAGCAGCAAGAAACUCGAAUUGCCAGUGCCAGGGAUACUCUACUGCUCCUGUUGAAGAGCUUACCAAUGGGCUGCUACUUCAACAUCUACAGUUUCGGCUCCAGCUUUGAACACAUCUUCCCAAAGAGUGUGAAGUACAGUGAGCAGAACUUAGAAGACGCUCUGAAGAAAGUUGAAUCGAUGCAGGCGAAUCUGGGAGGAACAGAGAUUCUGAAGCCCCUCACACACAUUUUUAGCCAGCCCUGCAUUUCUAAUCAACCUAGACAAGUUUUUGUCUUCACUGACGGGGAGGUGUCCAACACCAAAGAAGUGAUUGAUCUGGUGAAGAAGAAUUCAGGUUCCCACAGAUGUUUCUCUUUUGGGAUCGGGGAAGGGGCCAGCUCUGCUCUUAUCAAUGGAUUAGCCAAGGAAGGAGGAGGUCACGCUCAGUUCAUCACAGGAACCGACAGGAUGCAACCCAAAGUGAUGCAGUCGCUGAGAUUUGCUCUGCAGCCGGCUGUGGUGGACAUCGCAGUCACAUGGGAUUUGCCAGAAGGAAUGUCUUUCACUGUUCUCUCUCCACCAAUCACAGCAAUUUUCCUGGGUCAGAGGUCACUGAUUUAUGUCCAGCUCACUGGACAGAGCUCAGAGGCAGCAGAGGGCUGUGUGACGUUGAAGUACAGCCUCGCAGGUCAUCCCACUGAGAACCAGCUCCACUUCACUCUCACACCUGCAGAGGUCACUGGAUUAACAGUCCACAGGUUGGGUGCUCGGACUCUGAUUCGGUCCCUGGAGAUGGAGGAGGAAAAUGGCGAGGAACAAGAGAAGGUGGUGGACCUCAGUGUCCAAUCAGGAGUGAGCAGUUCAUACACUGCCUUCAUUGUUGUCAACAAAGGCAAUGGCGAGCCGAUUAGAGGACCUCUGUUGUGCAGACAUAUCAUAACAGCUGAUCUUUGUCUCAAAAGUAGUUUGCUGUAUUUCGAUGAGGAUGAUUCAUGGGGCAGCAAAAACAUAGCAUUUUCAGGAAAGUCUGUGAAGAAGAAAGUAAAAUCAGUUUUCAGCAGAAUUGGCAGAUACUUCAAGAGUGGUCAGGGUGUCUCACCUCAGAGCGACCGGAAACAAACAAGUGAAACCCUUUCAUGCAGUGAUGCUGGCAUUGAGCCGAGGCAGCCACCCAGAGACCCUUUGCUGCAGCUGGUCUCCCUGCAGAAGGCGUCUGGCUGCUGGCUGCUUGAUCCGGCUCUGGCUGCUGCUGUGGGAAAGACCAGCGAGGAGGUGGAGAACACAAAGCCUCCAUCGGUGGACCAGGAAGUGUGGGCCACCAUUCUGGCUCUGAUCUGGCUUCAUGGUUUCAAGAUGGAUGCCAAGCAAGAGUGGGAGCUUCUGGCUAUGAAGGCUGUGUCCUGGCUCCGUGUUCAGAGCGCACCAUGUGAAGCAGAGUGUGUGGAAGCUGGAAACACACUGUUGGGUUGUGAGCUACAGAAAGACGUCUUGGGGCUCUGAGGUUACAAUUGAACUGGCUUCUCUUCACUUUGCUCUGUAGACGGACUGAUAUAUGCCUUAUUAUUCUUGCUGUAUUUGCACUGCACUUCAUCUGCUACAACACAGUCAUAUGAAAUUGACUUUUUAUAUGAAAAAAUAUUUUGACACCUUUUUUAAUGUUUUCAUCGUAAGCUGUUCUCACUUAAACCAAUUAAAUUUGGAUCUCUGGAAAAAGUUGAAAAUGAAUAGCUCAGUCGUGCAGAGCUGUAAAUAGCAUGUUUCACUUUUCUUCAAGCACUGUACCCUAAUAAUAUAAACUGUGCUGUGACAAACAACACAUACACCAGAUUGUAAAAAUGGGUUAGUACCAAAUUGUUGUUCUUUUUUUUUGUUUUCUUUUACAGCUAUAGCGUCUAAUCCAAAAGGAACGUCUGAACACACUUCCAGUUUAUAGUGCACAGCAUUUACCUGCCACCAUUUUAUUUCAAAAUCUGUCAUGUCUUUCACAUGUAGUCUGUUUUUAUUACAGCUGUCAGUAAUGAUGCACCAUCACAAUGAUAAAAUAAUGAAUGUUUCUAAGACCUUAAUUUACUCUUCAUGAUAAUAAAGUUUAUUUAUGUAUAGCACCUUUCAAAACUCCAGUUAAGAAUAAAGAAUUGAGGGCAAAAGAACUGAAAUAUAUAUGAAGAUCACACAAUAUUGGAGGACAAAUACAGUAUAAGAAUAAAAAUGUCACUGAUGAUACAUUUGUGAAAACUAAAUAAAGUAAAACAUUAUAAAAUGA